AUGGAUGAUGAAGAACAAAUAAAAGAAAAGAAGGCAGAUAAUAAUAGCAGUGUUCCUCUUUCAGAAAGAGAUAAAAAAAAGAAAAAAAAAAAAAAGAAAAAGAAUAAUAAUAAUGAAAAAAGAGAAAAGGAAAUUAUAGAAGCCAAGUCAAAUAUAGAGGAUAUUUUUAGUAAUAUAAAAGUUAAAGAAAGUAAUAAUAAAAAGGUAAAGGAAGAUAAUAAACUAAUAAACAAAAGUGAAGUAAAUAAAAAAAAUAAUAAUAAAAUAUCAAAUAAUAAAAAAAAAAUAGAAUCAGAAAGAUUACGUACGCCAGACGGAUUACCCAUAUAUUCUAUGGAGGAAUUAAAGAUGGGAAAGGGUGGCUACACAAAAGAUUGUCCCUUUGAUUGUAACUGUUGUUUUUAA